CGCUGUGGAACCUCUAUAGUAAAGGGUGAGCGCAAUGACGAUUAUAGUCACCGCUAAAAGGAAAUAGCAAUAUGUGAUUAUCUAAAUUAUAUCAGAAAAUAUAUUUUCAGACGCGCUCCCUCUCGUUUUUUUUUAUUAUUGUGCGAUUUUCUAUGUCUAUUCGGAGAGAAACAUGUCCUUCGAGACCAAUUCAUUUCAUCCUCACCUGGAAUUACAAUGGAAAAUGUAGGCAUGAUCAAUUAUUUUCCGGGAAUCACAAUAAAGAUCCAACGUUGGUGAAUGGACUAUUAAGACAACCGGUAAAGCUACCUUUUGAACACUUUUUAAUGAACAAAUCUGAUUACUGUUCUCCUGUUUGCAUAACUUCAAAAGCUUGAAAACGGAUUUCCACAGCCUCAUUCGACUGGAUAGAUAAACACGACUCACGCAAUUUAGGAUGGAGGUUGAUUAUUAAUUGAGUGCUAAUUUUUCUCUUCUUGUGAAAAAAAAUAUAUUUUUGACCAUAUGACACAUACCAUUUUGGUGUAAUUAUUUAAUAUUUGAAAGAGACGAGCGCAUCCGCGUAUGAACCCCAAUCUAUGGCCUUUUAUUGUGAUGCUCAAUUUAUAUUGCCAUUAUUGUGUUGGCAUCAAUCGGCAACAAUUGAUGUGCGGCAAUAUUUUUUUCCUUGUUUAAUUUCAAAGAAACAUGGUGACGGGCCUGACGACCGCAUCUAAAAAUAGAUCAUCUUAAUACCCUUUGAAUACAACCAGAGACACGCAGUGCCAAUUUAGAAUAAGUAAAUUAGAAGACAUUUGAAAAAAGCAAAGAACUGAAAGAACCUCAAACCUGGAUUAUGUCAUCAUGACUGUCUCGGCCAGGUGGAACAACUAGGGGGAUGUUCUCCCCUGCUUUUGAUCCAGAGGCUGUUUGCUAAUUACAACAGACUUUCUACAUCCCUUUUUUCUUUUUGGGGGUGAUUUUGGACCUUCAUUUGUACUGACUGUUUCUUUCUUCCCUGUUUUGUUUCAAGCGAGACCAAAACCAGUGCCAUACAAACUGUGCAAAAUAACAACAACGACGAAACUAUCAAAAAGUCAAAUGUAUCAUUCAUAUCUUAUAUUUCAGUUAGUGUCAUCUUGAGUUCACACAGCGUUCACAUUCAAUAUCAAAAUAGUCAUUUUGAAUUAGUCUCCCUAACACAUAAAAUACAAAUUUCAGAUCCCUAUUAUAUCAAAAUAGCAUUGAAGCUCAAAGCAUACAUAAACUCAUAACAUUCUAUCAAUAAAAAAGUAGUUAAAACCACAUUGUGGAGAGUUAGCCUAAUGCCUGUAGAGAGGUGUUAAACGUACAUUCAUUGUCCUUCGUCAGUGUUAAAAAAAAUAUUUCAGAUUUGUAUGAAUAGUGCAUUAUUGGUUCAUUAUACUAAUCAUUAAUGGUGGCCUGUAUUUGUUUGUAGUGCAUUAGCUGGAGCAUGGUAAGCAGUGACAACUCACAAACUUGCUCAGGCUCUGACAGCUCGGCCCCAGAUCGAUCAAUCGAACUAGGCUUUGACUGACUGAAGGGCAAGACAAUUCACAUAUAACGUGAUAAAUUGACCUUGCUGCUAUUCUGUCGCUACUUUGCUUAUCUCCCUCAAUGUCUACCUCAAUUUUUUUAUUUUUCUCUGUCAGAAUCUCUCCAGCAUUCUCCCAUACAGCACAUGUAGGCACGCCACAUUUAACAAUCUGAAAAGCCCCCCGUUUCCUUUUAACCCGAAUGAUAUUCAAACCUUUGUGUUCUUAUUUUUUUCCUCUCAAAACAUGCAACACAGCCCCUCAGCGUAUUGCUGUUGUCUGUCAAAGGAGAUACACUUUAACACUUAAGCCAUAUUACACCAGUCAUACUAUGACCAAACAUUUAGAACUAUCAUCUCACUAUGUUUAAGAUUUCUUUGCAUCGACACCAUCUCAUAUAGUGACUUUCAAAUAUAGCUUAUAUGAUACUAGGAUACCAUUUACUACAUUUUUCAUAAGGAAAUAGCCUAUAAAGCUAUUUAUAUUAGAUUGUUCUACCUUUCUCUUUUAGGUCACAAUUACCAUGUAUCUGUAGUCAUCAGCCCAGGUUAGAUUAGGCUGGAAAGUGACCAUAUCGUUGUGUACAUUUUCUCCACAUAUUCUGCAUUGAACGAAUGAAUCCAGACAUUUUCAUGUCUGUUCUGUGGGCGGAGCCGCGCUGUCCUGCCAGAACCGGGCCCAAGCCCACCUUCGUUCUAUUCUGUUGGGCAGAGUUAAACUCAGAGCAGAGACACUCACGCAAGGGGAUCAAACACACAUAGAUCCUUAGCCUCCUUUCGUCACUCCACCUCCCAUCACCAGUCCUAAUUCACCAAAACAUUUUGUACUAUCUCCGGCUGCCUUUAUUCAUUUUGUCCAUCAUUCCCUGUGUUAUAUCUUAGUUUUUCCUUUCUCACUAAGUUAGGUGUAAAUUGUGUGGUCCCAGUCUGUCUCAACUAUAUAUGCUGCUUGGUACAUUUCUGCAGUACCCACUUUCACCGGACCUUGUGACAAGCUUUUGUGAUUGGUCCUUGUCUCCUAGUGCAAACCCUGUAGGCUUUCAACCACUGUAUUUGAGUCAGAAUUUAGAAUCCCAAAUCUCUCUGAAUAAUAUUUCCUCAAUUGACCACCCCACCUCUAUUUCCUUUCUCUCAAUAUUCAAAUAGUUUAUUUGUGAACAAAUAGAAAGUUCAGUGCAGAAGAAAGGACACUAUCAAGCUAAUACUGAUAAUAAACAGUGCCAAAUCUGUUCUAGCACGUUUAUUGACAUGAUGAAUUAGAGACACCUAAAGCUGCCAACACAAUUGUUUACAAUUCAAACAAAGUUUUACGUAAAGGUUUGCAGGUCAAAUACCUACAACAGAAAACUGAAGUGCCAAUUCCAAGUGAUAAUACAAUUAAGCAUAGGUACUCAAAUAAAGAAAAUGAAGUUUACAUACAACGCUUAAUGUUUACAGACUACACCUGCCCUUCAAAGAGGAUUUGCUAGCUACAUUAUUCAUAACUUUGUGCCAUAGUUCAAAAGACUCCGAAGGGUUCGAAACGUUUACACAUUGAUUUUGUUUACAAGAUAAUGCUGCCUAUCAUAAAGAAAGACAACCCAUACUUGCCAUUUUAGUGAGUUCUGCACAGUAGAGACCACAAAAUUAUCAUUACUCUUACCAUUCCAUAAAAUAACACUUUAUUGAUUGGUGUUUACAAUAUAUACAUUUUCCAGCAUCCUUAUCAUCUGUUUUGUUUUUGUGUGCUAAGUUGAAGUUGUCGAGACAAACUUAAAAUAGUCCUUUCACAAGUAUAGCCAUAAUAUAGGCCAGUACAUGCUAAGGCCUAAAACAUAGAAAUAUAGAAAACCUCAAUGUUUACAUAAGCUGCUUACGAACGGGAAUGGAUUUGUAUUGAGAGCUUGAGAGAUAUGUUUACAUAAAUACAUACAAGUUACAUGCCACACAUAUUGCUUGAACAAACAAAAAAAUCACUCAUAAACAAAGUAAAAACAUCCACACUAGUUCUGUACAUGGAAGCACUAACAAAGGAUUAGUUCACCGUAUUCAAGUUGAAACCUUGAGUAGAAGCUUUUUAUAUUUUUACGCUUACACGUAAGUGAAAUUCAAAGAAGAUAGAACACUAUCCCUCUUGGAAGAGGACCUUGAUAUUUGAACACCCGGCAGGCCUUUAAUUUUUUUUACAUUGUCUCAGAAACGCUGAAAAAUGAGGCCUAGAACCUACAGAAGGAUGUUCAGCAACUCCCUCAUAUUUGUCCUUGUGUCCGGCCUCGUCCUUUCCGCCGUGACCAUCACCACAGAGCGCCACUUAUCCAAUGGCGGCCCCAGCGGCACCACUCUGUUCCUCCUCACCGGCUUUGGGAACAAACCAAUGCCACUGCCUCCGGGGGGGCCGAAGGUGGCGCCUAAAGCGGCUGAAAUGGAGGACGCUCAGGACAGUGAGCCGAAAGAACCCGAAAUGCUCCCCAAGCCCCUCCCCCAGAUCAAGCUCCCUCAGAACAUGACGGCAGCUGACGCCCUCAAACCCCCUCUGGGUGCCGCCCAGGUGGCUCCACCCCCCCGGCGCCUUGUGGAUGUGGACAUGUGCCGGGCCUACUACGACGUCAUGGGCCAGUUAGACAGCACUUUCAACUGCUCCAAGGGCACCUACAUCUACUGCUGCGGCACCUGCCACUACCGCUACUGUUGUGAUCACCAGCGUAGCCGCCUGGACCAGGAGUCGUGCAACAACUACAACUCGCCUGGGUGGCUCGACACACCGCAGCCGAACCCCCCGCCCUCGGGGAACCGGGGUGAUCCAGACUCAGAGCAGCUACAGCAGCAGAGCAACAGCACGGCGUACGUGAUCGGAGGGGUGAUCUCCUUCACCCUAGUGGUGGCAGUGGGCAUCAAGGUGGCCUUCCACAAGAUAUCCCGACGACCCCGGAACAGAGACAUCAACAUGCCCAGAGCCCUGGUGGACAUCCUACGCAGCCAGGCCAGCCCAGUCCAACAGGGGGAGAGGAACAACAGCACCGUCCUGACCACCGCCACCACAGGCGGCAGCCUCGGUCGUCCCCCCAAGAACCUCUACACCCCGGUGCUCCAGAGCAAAGACAACCGCAUUGGCAACUUGCACCACAAUUUUAUCCAGGUGUCUGGUUCCAGCCCCAAACACUCGGCUACUAAGGAGCGCGUGCCCCGCAUGAACAACACCCAGCUGGCCUCCACGGGGACCCUCCUCACCAGCAAGCACAACAACAGCUCCGGCCUGUACCCGCACCCCCCUUUCUCGCACUCCUUCCACAAUCUGGCCCAGCUUCCCCCCUCCUAUGAGGCGGCCAUGAAACCUGAGAUCAACCGCUACAGCUCCCUGAAGAGGCUCGAGAAAGAUCUGGAUGAAUACUCUGGCUACUACUCAUCGAAGCGACGACCUAACAACGCCCCUCUGUCUUUCCACUCCUCCCAGCACCACCUCCACUGGGGCGGUGACUACACUCUCGGAGCCAGGGGCACCCCAUCCCUCCACUCCUCCCGGCCAUGUAUCCAUGUGCCCACAUCCACCCCCAACCCAUACCCUCUGCCAGCCCAGUCGUCGGGGUACCAGACUGCCUUCGACAAGCCCCCACGGAGGGUCAUGUCCCAGGACCAGCUCCUGGCGCUCAGUGAGGGCAACACCCUCUCCAGACUCUCCAAGAACCAGCAGCACCAGUACUACAAGGGUAUGACCACCAGCAAGAGCUCCACCUCACAGAUGCUUCGCAAGUCCCACGAGAGACUCCUAGUCUCGCCCGACUGUCUGGAGGAGAGGAUAGGGGGCAUGGGCAUGCCAGGGGUGGGCAGUGUGGUAGGUAUGAGCAGGAUGGGGGGCAUGGGUGACUUUGGGGGGAUGGGGGUCCAGACAAUGGGACACCUCAGCCACAAGGCCCAAUCACAGCAGAACGUCUGCAUCACACCCUCGCUGGACCGUCAUCACAUGAUCAAGAUGAACUCCCACCCCACAUCGGGCCACGAGCUGGAGAGGAGUGUGGCGGGCCACCCGGUAGAAAACUGGGGGGACCCUCAUGGGCACGGACCAGGGGCCGGGGUAGGGCCAGGGAGCGGGGCGGGGACCAUCGGGGGCCACAACGCGCGGAGGAUGGCAUUCACCACCAAGAGGCAGAACACCAUCGAACAGCUCCAAUAUAUCCCUGGGGGCGGAGGAGGGGGCCAGACAUUGAGGACGGCUAGUAAGAACGAGGUGACUGUGUGAGAGAGUAAAGCCGACGGAGAAGGAGAGAUGAAGGUCGUGUUGAGAAUGUUCAAGCUGAAAGUGUUCACACAGAAAGAAAAGGGAGAGGAAGGAAAGGUCAAUUGGGGCAAGAAAGAUGAAUAGAAGGAGAAACGAGAGAGACAUGGGCAAGCUGAUGAGAGAGGAGGAUAUGACGAAGAUGCUACGUCCCAACAAGAAUGAAAGACGUGAGAGAAGAGUGGAUGCCAUUGUUACCUGUUGCCAGGAAACACAGAAAAGGGCAAUGAUAGAAAGAAACCAUUGAGAAAAUUGAAUUAUUAGAGGGAAUUUUGAAUGAAGCCUAUUGAUUUGAUUCAUGUUAUUGUGAGUCUUGGAAAAGAGAAUAUUCAGCCAUAUUGUUGAGGAGGGAGAAAGAAAAAGGGGCCAUGUAUAGAGCAAAAAAUGAAUAAUUUCAAGAAGUUUUUCGUGCAAUUGAAACAUUAUCCUAGGACAUGAUGACUUUUACUAGUGGAUUAAUUGAAUAAAUGGUUAUUGAGUUUCUUGUUGUGAAGCAUCUAGCUGCUCUGACAGAGAGAACAAACCUGUCUUUGAAUCUGAACAGACACUGAGAUGUCAAUGGAAUGCCGAACAAUGUGAUGGUGGUUUGACUUUUGUAAAAAAUACGAGACUGUAAAUUGUUGUUUUUUGGAAAGGAAUAAAGCCCUGUUAGACAGUAUGUAUAUUCUGGGGGGGGGGGGGGU